GUAACUGUACUGAUGAAGUAAAGCUACAGCACAUCCAAGCAGAUUUGUAUGAAGAAACAGCUGUAUUACAACCAUUUGUUGAAGAACAGCAAAUGCAUUUAAAAUAUAUAAAAGGAGGAACAGUUCAAGAUAGAUUUAUUCUUACAAAAGCAUUUACGUGCAUAUAUAAAACUAUAAGAGAAAAUAAAGUAACAAUUAUUGCAGGUCCACCAGGCUGCGGAAAGACAUUAUUGUCCCAUCAAGCUGCUUUGAAAUUGAAUGACACAGAUAACUAUACGAUAGUUGUUAUAUCAAAUCCAUUAAAACUCACUGAGUCUCUAAAUGCAAAAACAAAACAAGUUUUCGUGAUAGACGAUAUCGUAGGAAAGUAUUGUUUAAACGAAAAUAGUUUACAAACCUGGGGAACAGAGACACAUUUCAUUAAUCAUUUUCUAGGUCAAGGUUGGGAUACUAAAUUGAUAGUUACAUGUAGAUCAUAUAUUUAUAGGAAUGAAAAAUUCAGUUUAUUGAAACUUCCUCAUAUACAUUGUGAUAUGUUAGCAGAUGAAAUGCAUUUAACAAUAGAAGAGAGGCGACUGAUAUGCAGCUGUUUUGUUUCUGCAGAAGAAAUGAAGCCACUUCAUGAUGAUAUUAUAAUGUUAUAUAAUUUUUUUCCAAUGAUUUGUAUGCGAUAUAUAGAGCAAGACAAGAAGAAAAUAGCUGAUUACUUUUUAUAUCCAAAUGAUAUCAUCGAAAAUGAAGUAAACAAACUAAGGCUUUCCUCAGAUCCUUGCUUCAUAGCCUUGGGAUUAUUAGUGAUCUAUAACAACAGCAUCGAUAAACGGUCACUCAUGUUAUACGACCAUACGGAAACAUCCGAAUUCAGAAUUAACGACGUUUUGAAUGACAUGCUACAAGAUAUUGAUUAUGGAUGUUUUAUAUCAUCGAAAGGAAUCUCUUCCAGCCUGUCACAUUUGGAAAAUAUAUAUAUCAAAGAAACGUUUUUAACGUUUACCUCUAUCAAUAAGUCCAUGUUUGAUAUGCUAGUGGGAGCUGUUGGUAGACAUUUCAUUCCAUGUAUACUGAAGCACAGUAAUAGUGAAUUCAUUAAAGACUACAUUGAACUUUUGCAAUUUACCACUGAUCGAAAUUCUAAUACCAUUAAAAUUGAAAGUAAAUAUGAAAAAUUGUAUUUUAGGCGAAUUAGAGAUGAUAUAAGUAAUGGCCUAAACUGGGAUGUUUUUGACACUAGUCAAAUGAAAAGUAAAGAAUAUCGAUUAUUGUUUUUAGAAAACAUUUUGAAAACUGAAAAGCCUUCAUUCUGUAAGUCAAAAAGAGACGGAUCAACACCACUGCACGUUACAGCACUCCUUGGAUACACUGAUUUCUCAUUCUUUUUUGUUGAAAGUGAUAAGUCACAGGUAAAUUCUAGAGACAACACCGGUAAAACUCCUUUGCAUAUGGCAUGUUCGAAGGGCAAUACAGCUGUGGCUAAACUAUUGAUUAUAUAUAAUGCCGAAGUUAAUCAAAUGGAUACCAAUAAAGUGACACCCUUUAUGUUAGCUUGUUCAUCUGGUAACAUCGAGCUUGUAAAGUUUCUUCUCACAAAGGACGUUCAUAUCAAUGCGUUUAAUUCAUUAGGAUCCACUCCACUUCUUGAGGCAUGCAUUAAAAACAACGUCAAAGUGAUUUCUGUUUUACUUCAAAAUAAAGCUAAGGUUGAUUGUUUUAAUAAAAAUGGGGAUACUCCGUUACAUUUAGCAUGUCAGUCUGGACACACUGCAAUCGUCAACCUGUUAAUACAAUAUGAUAUAAAUUCGUGUAUAAAUAAGCCGAAUGUCAAAGGUUACACCCCGUUUUAUUUAGCUAUCAGAAAUGGACAAAACAAAAUUGCUAAAUCUUUAAUUAAGUAUGGAGCUGAUCCAAAUUAUCAAAACGAAGAUGGAUCAACCCCUUUACAUAUUGCAUGUGAGACAAAUAAAUUCGAAAUUGUGAAAACUUUACUAGAACAAUAUCAUGUAGAUUUCAAUAAAGAAGAUAAGAAAGACAGAACUCCACUUGAUGUUGCUAAAAUCCACAAACUCAAAGAUAUAUCCGAAGUACUAAUUGAAAAAGAACAAAUAGACAAAAACAUACUAGUUAGUAUUCCGAUUACGAGUACAUCAACCUGUUGAAAGAAUUGAAAUGUGCAAAAUAGAUAUAUAGGCUAGUUACUGAAAGCGUUAAUCAAUAACAAUUUCACGACUGUUAAGUAUAAUGUGUAUCUUAAAUAUACAAAUUAGGAAAUAAGUCAUUGAAGCCAUAGAUUUGUUGCAAAUGUACACAUGGCCUUGGCCGUGAUAUUCGAAUUUUAUCCUGAGUUUUAAGGAAGAAUAACAUUAACGGGUAUCAAGGCUCAGGUCAUGUGUAAAUUUUUAACAAAUCUAUAGCUUCCAUAAAUUAUUUCAAUUCUAAUAAGACAAAUACAUUCAUUUAAAAAACCUGAAGCGAGGAUGGGUAUGCCGUGUGUGUGGCUGUUCUAUUUUACCCCCUGUUAGAGUAAAGCUACAAAUUUCAAAUAAAUCUAUAGCCUGCAUGAAUUAUUUCUUAAAUAACCACUGUUUAAAAGAUGUUUAAUUCUUUUAAUUCUCAACCCAAACAUUUGCCAUUUUAAUUUACAUUUUUUUUCUCGUAAGAUACCGUCAAAUGACAUUUCGUAACUAAGGAGCCGCCAUGUUGACUUGCUGAAACCAGCCAAUGAGCGAAUAAUGCAAUAAAAUAUAAAAUAAAACAAUACCUAUCUCAAAACUUCAUUUUAAUGCAAUAGCAUCCGAAUUUAGAGAGUUCACGCCACCGAAAAACCUCCAGCUUUCGUGUUUUUCAUUCGUAUGACGUCAUGUUUUGAAAUGACUUUAAUGCGCCAAAAGCAUUAAUGCAAGUUCGCGGAAUUUUAUUUUAUUUUGAUUUUGUACAGUUUACCGAGCUCUAAUGCAUUAAUUCUUUUUGUUAUGCAUUAGCAUAAGAAUAAAGGUUCUGGAAUUUUUUUCAAUUGCAAUUUUUAACACCACGAAAUCGGCAUAGCGUUUUGAACAUAGGUAACGAUACAUGAGGAAUUACGUGAGCGAUAUAUUGUAACAGCCAUUAUUAUGUACAUUCUGAAUCUGCGCUAAGUAUAGUUAUAUCGAGAAUUUUAUUACAGUGUUGUUUACAAAGCGAAAGAAACACGUCAUAUCAGAAUAAUAGUUAAUGAAUGGUGACGUUCUGAAUUUAAAUAAGAAUGGCGAAGUUACCUUGUUUACUUUUAAAAAGAAAGCAUAACAAAAUUCGAGAGAUAACAAAAAGUCGGUUUCUUCAGCAGUUGCAUUUCACCCUUUAACCAUCAUGUUCAAUUAAUUAUUUGGUAGACGCUUUUCUUUAUCGUGUUUGACAUUAGGCAAUUUGGAACUGAUAUAUAAUCACUCUAGAUAUUCAAAUUAAGAAAAAAUCAAAUGACCAAUAGUCCUUGUGUUUGCAAAUUUACGUUUGAGUAUUAAGUUGAAAACGAGUGUAGAACAUAGUGUAUCUCAAUUGAUAGAAUGAUAUUGAUAUAUUAAUAUGUAUAUUAUAACUUUUUUCAUAUCAAUAAAAAUAAAUCCUUUUUAUGACAAACAGGAUAUUAGAUAUGUAUGCUUGAAGGAAUUCCAUUUAAAUGUUAAAUUAACCCUGUAUACCAACAUUCCCCAUGUGAAAUUAUAAAAUUGUUUUGAAUAAACAUUGAACGACAAAAUUUCUUCUUAUGUGACGUUUACAUUUUCUGACGUCAGACACGCGAAGCAAUGAAUGUGGUUUUUAAUUUGAUAGAUGCUUUUGUGCUUUUUUGUAAAUGAUUGUUUGUAUUGAUAUUGUAACACAAUGAUGACUGCUGUACCCAUAUUUUGACUAUUUUAUUUAUUAUGUCUGUUUUGUUCACGCAUCGUUGUAAAUAUAACGGAAUUUGAUGAGACUGUCGUACAAGUGAGAGGUUCAAUCCACCAUUUUCUACAUUUGAAAAUGCCUGUACCAAGUCAGGAAUAUGACAGUUGUUGUCCAUUCGUUUGAUGUGUUUUGUCAUUUGAUUUUGUCAUGUGAUUAGGGACUUUCCGAUUGAAUUUUCCUCGGAGUUUAGUAUUUUUGUGAUUUUACUUUUUAUUUUUAUUUGUUAGGAGUAUUUUUAUUUUCCUAUAUUGUUUGCAAAUUAUCUUAGGUUUUGGGAGCAUGUGGUAGGUGUUGGUAUAGCAGCUGAAAUUGAGUGAUUUUUCCUUGACGGUAAAUAUCGUUUGUCGAAACUGGUGACAGUCGGACAAAUUAAAGCCAUAUAAUGGUAUUGUUCGAUACUAUUUCUUGAAAAUGUACAAUGUGUUACUUGUAACCAAAGCAAAAAGUGAAUCAAAAAUAAAAAGUGAGUUUUUUUGAUGAUAUUUCAUUUUGAAUCUCUUUGAAGGAACAAAUAGCACGACUUGAAAAGUCAUUUUCAAAUUGAUUUGUUUUGUAUUUCUUACCACAAUUAAUAUUCUCUUUUGAAACUUUAGAAAAUUUGAAUGUAAUGACCUUUUUUUGUAUCUAGUCUUAUAAAUAUGUAGUUAUACUAUCUAGUCUGAUAUCUAGUAACUAUUGCUUAAUAUGUUAAUGUCGCAUCUGUCAAUUGUUCCUUUACAUGAUAUAUGCAAAAAAUAAAAUUCAUGUAAAUACUGAA